UCACCCGUACCUUUCCUGGCAUAAAUACAGAUUUGGCCAGUGCCAUCCUCAUGUUGCCUAAUAAGCAUGAACCAAGGAGUAAUUUCGUUCUCGCCUUGGUUGCUCUUAUUAUUCUGUGUAAUAUGGCGUUUCCCCGAUCGAAGAAAUUUAAAUGUGGCCAUGAAGGCUGUACUCUCAGCUUCUCUGGCGCUCACGAGGUGGCCAUGCACAGGCGUACGCACACGAUCAAUACGUUUGCCGCUCUCCCUCACGAGUCAGCGAACAGUGCUAUGGCAGGUAGUGAGACGAAUCAACCGGCCAGUUAUGAUCUUCAACAAGAUAUGUUAUUGUCUUACCCAGUCAUUCAAGCGGACGGCCCAAUAGACACAACAAGCAACAAUGAUAUACGAUUCUCCGAUAUGGUGACUGGUUAUGGUGCCAACGCGGUUGGUUCGUUCGAUUUCGUCGCCGGUAGUGAUCUGCACGACGUUUUGCAGCAGUCGGGUCACGAUUCCAUCUCUUCAUUAACCGGCCCUGCCAAUUCCAUUGAAAAAGAGGAAUUUCACCGCUACACUACAGAUGUCCAAGUGACACCAGCUGUGCCAGGAGCGAUGGACACGGUAUUACAAGACAACCUUUGGUCGAAGUGGCUAGAUGUACCCAGUGAUGACGCACCUUUCAAUCCUUUUGAUUCAACCCACACUGAUGGCGCAGGUGAGGAUACCACCGUUGAACAUCUGGGCCCUCCAGGACCACCGUCGGAAACGCAACCCUAUUCUCAUGCGCAGAGGCAACUCGCUCAAUCACCAAUCACCAUUAUGACAGGAGCGAUGGACACGGUAGCACAAGAUGAAACUUGGCCGAAGUGGCUAGAGGUACCCAGUGGAGACGCACCUUGGGAUCCCUUUGAUUCCACCCACACUGAUGGCGUAGUUGAGGAUACCACCGUCGAACAUCGGGCCAUUUCAGGAUCACAGUCCGAAACGCAACCAUUAUCUCAUCCACAUAUGCAACUCGCUCAAUCACCAUUGUUUCAAGAUCAAACGAAAUAUACUGAAAGCAGUAGCGGGCACGUAACGCUAGCAUCACAUCAAUGCCAGAAUCUGGAAAGUUACACGCCUGAAGCACCAGUUGCCUACCCAGCAUUUCCAUACCUUCCACUAUUGUCAACGUCAAAAGUCUCUCUGCCGGAUGAUCAGCUAGCAUUGGGCUCAUUAGCUACCAACAACCUGCCUUCCGUUAGUGCUGGUGCUGAUGCCAACAUUAGGAGGAACCAGCACCAGCAGCAGCAGCAACAGCAGUAUAACCAGACUGCUGGUGUAGUAGGACACCAAGAUGCCACAGCUUCCCAAGCAAACAUUUCCAUGGUGCAAGGUGCCGGCUCGGAUAAGUUUCCCGCGACUCACGGGAUUGUGCAUCCACAUGGUUUAAGGUCCUCGGGGUUGACAACACUUCCAGAUAAUAGCGUGCCCGAUACCGGCAAUCACGAACAGUUGCAUAACCUCGUGAAAUUGCCAGGGAGUAGUCGUUCGGUAAAAUUCUCUCGCAAUGCGGAGCUGGCCCGGGACACGCCUAAGCAUACAGUGGAGAAGCGAUUUCAAAAUUUUCAAUGUCAGACCUGUAAGGGAUCGUUUCCAUAUUCGUAUACCCUAGAUAGGCAUCUCCUUACCCAUACCGGUGAGAGGCCUUUUCGUUGUUAUAUCUGUGAGCGUCAGUCUACAAGGAGGGAUAUAUUGGAUGGCCACAUCCGUACACAUAGUGCCAAGCAUAAAGGAAAUGCUCCUUUUGAAUGUCCUGUCUGCGAGCGUAAGUUUUAUUUAAAACAUCACUUAAAAUCCCACAUCCGUAUCCACACUGGUCGGAAGCCUUUGGUGUGCUUGACAUCACCUCCGGUGCCGAGUGCGGCUGGACAAUUAUCUGCAACAGCUACAGCGCCGGCUGUUGGUGCAGCGUCUGCUACAUCUUCUAAUACCACUGGUACAUCAACAACAUCCGCCUCAUCCACGGGUACCACCACCUUCGCGGUCCCACAACAACCCGUAACCAUGGCAGGCUCAUCCACGGUGAACGUAAUGCAGGAACAACACCAUCUUCUUCUGCAACAACAGCAGCCAGGACACCAGCAGCCAGAACACCACCACCAAACCCAUAGACAACAGAAUCUGGUUCCAAAUCCCGACCAGAGUAGUGGCAUGACAGGUGGAAUGGAAAAUCCGUCUGGUUCACUAGCAGGCACAAAGGGUGCAACACCAUCAAGGUAUUCUGCUAUCCUGGGAAUGGACCUACCUAGGUAGGUGCUGUUAGUCCUAGAUGACAAAGGUCGGUGAUACUGUAGAGUUAAGAAUGCCUGAUCUGCUACAGUAUUGUGUUGGUGCAGCUCCAGGGUUUUGCGUAGCAUUGACUACGAUGCCAACACCUUGCAUAUCCCUUGUGUCAAUCACAUCUGUGACCAAUCACAAUUUGUGUCUUACCUGCUGAUAACUUUCUAACGCUGACGUAACCUACAUGUGCAUGGUUUGAUGUGUAUGUGUCGACUGUCUAGUGUACACGGUCUGAUGUAUAUCUACAUUGUUUGUCGUUGCCUUGCCACUAUCAUUAAAAUACACAUGCAUAUCUAUGUCUGUCAACUUCGUCGCAUAAAUGAUGACGUCACCUACAUGUGUAUGAUUUUUUGAAAUUGACAAUAAUGCUCUUUUCAUAUUUCAGUUUUUUGGGUUGUUUUGAGUUAUCACUUGAAGUACAAUGCACAUUUUGCAAUAUUGCUGUAUGCUAAUUGCUGGUGUUUAGUAUACUCGAGUUGAUACUUAUAGAAGUUUUGACUAUCGAGAACUAAAUUAUGUGCUUGAAAAACGAAAAGUAUUGAU